CCCAAACCACCCCUAACACUUGCUUACAAAUACAAUUGCGUCCUAUAUCACACAAUCCUCCAACCUCCGCCGCGAAAUCGUCGGAACCUAUCUACCAGAAUAUCGCCUGAGAUUUUUCCGAUUAUCGAAAAACGGCUAUAGAAAAGAUAAGUUAAAAGAGAUAAGAAGGGAAAUCUCGCGUUGAAGAAUGGGGAAGAAACGGAAGUCGCUAGCAACGAGCCUCGAUGAGGUGGAUCGAACCAUGUAUUCAACUUUCUGUAGCGCUGCCAACUCCCUUUCUCAGCUUUAUACUCAAGCUAUGAACCAACAGAAACUCUCUUUCCUUUCCGGUGAACGCCACGGAAUGGAAAAACUGUACCAAUGGAUCUUGAGGCAACAAGAGGGUGGAUCCAGAGUAACAACUGUUGACAUACUGAACUACCUGCAGUCCGAAUUGGAUUGUAAUGGAGAGGACCAGUCAAUGUCGCCUAGGCCACCACCUCAGCAUCAGCAUUCCCAGCCGAUGCAUUUUGCAAACUCAGGCUUCCAUGUCUCUCCAGGUCCAGUUGGCGUAGCAGCUCCAGGUCAUGGCUUACGUUCUGAUCAUGAUCAGCAACCAAAGAAUAACGUUUUCUCAAAUGCUCUUUCAAGUCCUGUUCGCCGGAGCUUACAGAAUUAUCACAUUGCUCAAGGGGGUCAGUUUUCGAACAAUGUUCAACCUCCCAAUGGUACAAGACACAUUGAAACAAACUCCCAACACCAAAAUAGAGAUUCUAAUAGUUAUAUCUCUGCCGAUGCAUCCAUGGAUAUGCAUUCCGAUAGUCCAGAUGUUAUAGGAGAAAAAGUAGAUUAUGAGAUUGGCUGCUUGCUGAUAAGACGAGAAGUGUCCAGACAUCAAUAUCGUUGUGCACAUGCUCAUCGAUAGAAUGCUAUUUGAUGAGUACCAUAUUUUGAAUACAAUCCUGUUGUUUUUGGGACCAGCUAGUUUCCUUUGGGUCUUUUGUGAUACUUAUGAAUUGUUUCAUUAUUUACCAUACUAUGUGAUUGGUGUCAGUGUUGUUCCUUGUGUUAUGCCUUUACAGAAUGGAAUAUUUCUUAGACCAAUUUGCUAAUGA